AUGAUAGGACUGUACCAGUCUACGCUGAUCACGGUGGCUAUCAGUGUGGACCGGGCGGUGGCCGUGCUGUUCCCCUUCAGUAAGAGCGGCGCUCCUCACCGCACCAAAGUCAUGAUCAUCACCUGCUGGGUUCUCAGCACAGUCUUCAGCUUCCCGCAGGCUAUCAUCUUCCACAUUGAGCGGCUAGUCCCGGGCUUCGAGCAGUGCGUCGACUUCAACUUCUACCGAGCGAAGUGGCAGAAGCAGCUGUACACCACGGCGUCGUUCGUCGUCAUCUACCCGCUGCCUCUCCUCAUCAUCAUCACCGCUUACAUCUGCAUCAUUCUCCGCAUCGCCAAGAACACCAGGACGAAAGGUAACGCACUAUCCGGCUCACAGCACACCAAGUCUCCUAUGGACGCCCGCAGGCAGCAAGUCUUCACCCGGGCCAAGAUCCGAACCCUGUGGAUGACCGUGGGCAUCGUCACCGCCUUCGUGGUGUGCUGGACGCCGUUCUACGUCCACCUCUUCUGGGUGAACUACUUCGACACCAGCCACGUUUCCCGCAUGCUGACGGACCUGCUGUACCUGUUCGGGAUGGCCAACGCCUGCGUCAACCCCAUGGUGUACGGGCUGAGCACGUUCCUCCGCGCGCCCCCCAAGACCGCAACGACGCCCUCGCAGACACUGCGGGUCCUCUACACGCUCAAGAACACCAACAGUUGCGUGAGCGCUAGUCCGUCAAGACUCACGGCCGUGCACAAGACCAUGUCAGCCGCUUCAAACGUCAGUCAGGAAUCGGCCACCAGUGCUGGCAAACACAACAUGCACAGCAAGUACAGAGAAACUAGCUGCUGA